CAUGCAUGUUUACUGCAUAUUUUUAUUACAUUAAAAGAAAAUUAGUAAAAUAAUUUCUUAUAAAUACUUGUAAUAAAAAUAUCAUUUCGUUAAAAAACUUGUGAAAAAUAUCUCGUAAAAAAAAAUAUAUCUGAUUCUACAUUAAAAAAAAAAUACGUACAUAUAUUACAUCCUUAUAUAAAAAAUGUCCUAUAAGGAGGAAACUCCAACAAUCUUAACUACUUCUGUCUCGGAAGUAUACCAGAAAUCAGAUUUAAUUGGAGGAAUAUUUAUUCCACUUGAAAAAUCGAACAAUAAUUUACCAAAAAUCUUAAGUCAAAAAAAACCGGAGGAAAUACCAUUAGAUAUUCUAACUUCUAAAAAAUCUAAUUGGCAUAUAUCUAUUAGUCCGGAUGGUGAGAACGUUCUUAUUUUUGACCAUGAAAAACUCGAAUUUAAAAUUAUUCCUGAAAAAAUUAUAAAUGAUUCUUACGAAAAAGAAUCUUAUGACGUUAGAUCCGUAUUUAAAAAUGAAGAAUCUAAAAAGGAUUAUCCAAAAUGGACAAUAGCAAUUUCGAAUUCAAUUACAAAUACUCUAAACGAAAAAGAAGUCUUGGUGGCCAUAUCUCGUGUUACAAAAUCUGAUACGACAAGUCCUGGCAAGAAAAAUCUUAAUAAUGAAAAUCUUACUAGUACUAAUUCUAAUGAGUUUGAAGAGAAAGAACCUGAACCGGUUGAAAUUGUUACUACUGAUACUACUGCUAAUGAGGGAAAUACUGUUAUUUAUAAAAUAAAAUUAAAUCAAAAAUCAAAACCUGAACGAAUAUGUAGUGAUUUACCUGGUGGAAUCGUUAUUUUCGUUCAUAAUGAUAAAAAGAAUUAUAUUUAUUGUCUCAUCUUUAACGUAAAAGGAAUUUUUAGAAAAAAGUUUACUCAUGAUUUAAGUGGUAAAAGAAUGAAACAAUUUUAUUAUCCAAAAAGGCUUCAAGAUGAUUUAAAUACUUUAUAUAAAAGGAAAUCAUGUAUAACAAGAUUAUUUAAUAGUAUUUUUGAUCAUUAUUUUUUUAUUGAACAAUAUAAAGGAGGUACUCAAGUUUUACAGUUGUAUGAUUUAAGAACUAUGGAAAUGAAACAAUUCUUUAAUUUACAUGUAAGAAAGUCACAUGUAAGAAAGUCAUUAAGAAAAUUCGGUACUCCUAUAUUUGCAAGAUCAAAUGAUGAAAAAAUUAUCGCUUUUUCGUUCGGUUUUGGAAAGUUGUUUCUUUUUCUUGUAGAAAAUGGUUUAGAAAUAGCUUCUGAAGAUUUUGGAAAAGGUGUUAAAAUAUUAUUUUGUGAUUUUAUUAAUAAUGAUAAAACUAUAAUAGUAAUAGUUCAAAAAUCGGAAUCGGAAUGUCAAAUUUUAUAUUGGAAUUUAUUUAGUACAAGUAAUCAUGUUAAAUCUGGAAGAAAAGUUAAUUUUGUAACGGAUGAAGAAAAUAUUUCUUCUAUUGCAAGAAUUCCUGGAAAACUCAUUACUGUAGAUACUUACGGAAAUAUUUCUUCAGUAUUUGAUCGUUUGAUUAAUAAUUGUGAUCCUGAAGAAGAAGGUAAAGAAAUUCAUAGCAUAGUUAUUCAUAAUGAUAACAGUAAAUUAGUAGAGUCGCCUAGAAAAAUGUCAUGUUCUAAGUCUAAAAAUGAGCAUACGAUAUAUUCACUAUAUUCCCAAAAUAAAACAAAACCACUUGUAAGUAAAGAGCCAUGGGUGAUAGAUGUUUAUGAUCGAACUUCUGUAUUUCUUGAUAAAGAAGAAACUACGCAAUUGUUUAUCGGAAGAAGUACCAUUCAAGUGUGGCGUAAAAUUGCUGGAAAUAAAAAGGUAGAACUUGAAUAUAUUUGGGCCAAUAAUGUCAAAGCAAAUAGAGAAGAAACAUGUGCGUUAAAAGUUGAUGAAUUAUAUAUUGGAGAUAGAUCCUUUUAUAUUAAGG